CAAAUUUUCCGACUCGUUCUUUCUUGUCGACCUACUUCAUCGCACAAUCAAUAUUGUCUACCAUGGCGCAGUCUACACCAAGCAGGCCACUCGACUUGACACUAAGUCCUCUUUUUGGAGAUCCUCCCGAUGCCGCGACCAGCAACAUUUGGCGGGUGGUGAACACCUACCUCAUCAGUCCAUCUGAGGACGCGGGCGCUGCGGCAGAAGAGCUCGCAUCGCACCUUACAGUCUCCAACCUUGCUCUAGCCGAGGAUGACCCUUUCAACCCAUAUCGGUGGGUCGAACUUAUAUUUGCGAUUUGCUUUCAUAUCACGGAGCAAGUUCCCUGGGACCACAAAUGGCAACAUCGUCUCGUGUCAUUAGUUGCUGCGCUUAAGAUGCAGCCAGAUCCGCCUGUUGAGGUGGGAGAUGCGCUGAUGUCUACGUUUAGCUUGCCGCAAGAGAACUUUUCCUGGAAAGACCUCCCAACCCGGGUAGUCGGCAACUUAUGUGACAUCAAAGGACCGUUCGAGCGCCACCAACCGCGCCAAUACUUCAGACCCGAAAUCAAAGACCGGGCCCUACAUGCGGAUGCGUUGGCCAGCGUCAACCGAUUCCUCGCACUUGUCGUAGCAGAUGCCGACGAUAACCUCUGGCGGGAAUUACUUGUCCGCGGUGUCAAGAUUCUUAGAGAUGCGCUCGAAGUCUCUAGGCGCGUAUAUAGUCUGGAGGACAACCUGCCUGCUGCCGCGGUGUGGAUAUUGACGGCGGGUCGAACGAUAUAUGCGCAGCGAGGGCUGGAUAUGAGAACGCGGAAUGAUGUAUGGGAGGAGCAGGGCGAGGAUUAUUAUGGGCCGGAUGGGAUUAAUGAUGACAGAUGGCAGGGAGUCUGGAGCCUUUCAUGUUGGCUUUAUUGCAUAAAUUCCCAAUCUCUUUACGGCACAUUUAUCAAAAACCUCGGUUCCAUCCGCGUGGCUCAGGUCCAACUUGGAUUCUACGGCUGAAAGUAUUCUAAUAUUUUUUCUAGUUUUGAAAAGAGAGUUUCUACGAGUUUUCCGAGACGAG